AUGUCAUCAACUACUACUCAUUCAAAGAAAGCCAUCCGUAAAGCCAAAGUGUCUUCCACCGCCAAACGUGCCGCUGAAGUGACAACUGCCUCCGAUGAUGCUAUUACUGUUCAAGUAAAAUCAAAAAAGACUCUUCGUCCCACUGAAGUUGAUGAUGAAAUUUAUUCAACUGAAAGCACUGAUGUAUCCGACGUCGAAGUCAGAGAGAAAGUGCCAAAGAAAUCAAAGACCAAUUCGAUUGAAGCUAAAACCAUUGACGCUUUAAAAAAUGCUGCCACUGCUGUCAUCUUCAUGAAUCUCUUUACCAUCCACUGCUCCCAGAAUGGUGUUGAACCAACCUUGAAGACCAUUAUGGACAAUGGUGCUGCAUCAAAUGAAUUAUUUCAAUUGCUUCAACCUACCCACAAUGAAUCAGUUAAGAACAACGAUAAAAUUGAAGGUGAAACAUUAAAGAAGCUAAUCCACCGUAACUUUAGAUCCAAGACUUUGGUUCCAUUCAAAACUGACUACGAAGCUGCCAACACUAAAGUAGUCGAAGCUAUUAACCAUCGUAACUGCUACUCAGCCCAAGAUGUUAUAAAAAACAUCGAAGCCAUUAUGAGUUACCACAAUGUAAUUAAUCCGGUGUAUCUCAUCCAUGGUACUGCUGAAGUUCAAUUAGAGUAUCUAAGAUCAAUUUUAGAUAAUAAUAUCCUUGCUUUGUUAAAGAUGGUCGUACCAGACUGGUUACAAACUGAUGUUGCAAUCAAACUCAACACUCAAACCGAUAUCACCGAGUGUCGUGAAGCCAUCACCGAGUUGGUUCUUAACAAUGCUGAUAAGUUCUCGAGAAGAAGACCUUCCGAUUCUGCAUCGAAUACUGAUGAGAAGUUUCUAUUAAAAAAGAAUCAUGCUACUCCAAAUCAUAACUCUCAUAACAGGAAUUCCUUUGAUGCUCAAGCUGAUAAGAUUAGAGCUGCAAUAUUACCCGAAAUAAGAAAAGACUCUAAGGUAGACCUCAAAAAGAUAAGAAGCAGUUUCAUCGUUUACCGUCAAAACAAAGGCUACUGUCUCAAUUGUGGUAAAUCAAAUCACUCCACAUCUACAUGUAGAAUUGAUCCGGUCGAUGCCAAAGCCAAUCCAGGUCCAUCAGCCAAAAAGCAACAAUGA